CCGAAAACAAACGGAUCAUAUUUACCUUCGCAAGGCCGUGAUAAUGUGUGCUUUGCAACGGGUAUAGCUAUCUGUUUUUGAGCCAAUUAUCGUACGCUCAGACCUGUUGUCGUUUGACUUCAAACUCAUGUGAUCUACGCGGUUGGGUCUCGAAUGAUAUGACGGUCUUCGCGAAAGUUGAUCCUUCGGUAUGUUGUUAUGUUUGUUGUUAGGGUUGUCGAUUGGCGCACGUUUGAGGUUGUAGAUAUGCCCUCUGACACUGUGGGUAUUGCUGUGGGUACUGGUUUGGGGGUUAGUGUUUUGGCUGGUAUACUAUCGGGAGUGUUUUUCAUAAUUGGAUACAGGAAUAGGAUAACCAAAAAGAGAAAUCGAAAAUGGCAUUGCAAUGUAUGUGGUGAAUAUCUGAGGUCCCCUGAAUUUGUGCUGAGAAACGGUCAGUUCGUGUACUGCUUUAAAUGUAACACCAAAGUGUGCAAAGUAACAUGUUCAUCGUCAGAAUCGGAUGGGUCUUGGUCGUGCCAUUCGUGCAGCCUGAAAAAAAAUACUUGGAUUGAUGGGGCAUUCAGGGUAGUGGAACCCUUCACAAAAGCUCUCCUUUCAAGAAUGAGCCUUGUUGAUGAUCCGCCAAGUGAACUUCAAGAAUAUUUGGAGGAAGAGAGAAACAGAGAAAAAGAACAACUACGUGACUUCAUUGAGAGGCUGGUGAAUGAUAUAAUCGGGGAGAAUGUUGAUGAUGCUAGCAUUAAUAAAAUAUAUGAUGAUAAAAACUAUGAAAAAAUUUUCGAGAAAUAUCAUCAGAACCUCAGUGAUAUUCUGACGGAAUUGGGCAGAUCUCUGCAAAUUUCCCUGAGUCAUCUGCCUCUAGUAGGAGAAUCACCAUGUUCAGCACAUACAUCACUAAAACAAAUUAUUCAGAGAAUUAUAAGAGAAGUCAACGAUUUACCACAAUUGAGGGGAGAAGGAACAACGAACACCUUAGAACAAAAUAAUAGAACUUAUGAAGAUCUUCUAUCAACUGCCAUACUUAAUAAAAUAAUAAGUAGAUCACAAAGCAAUCUACAUACCGAGACAGCAUCGUCCUCUAGAACAAAUAGUGUCUACAGCCAACGAUCAUCUACUUCGAGAAGAAGACGAAGUAAAAAAGAAUAUUUCUUCGGUGAAGAAACAUUAGAUAAUAAGUGGAAGAAUAUCGAUACAGAUACAGCUUCAGUUUCUAGUAUAGAAGAAUGGGUACAUAGUGAUUCUAGUCUUGGUUCAACCAAAUAUGUUGAUAAAGUUUCUUUAACGAUAAAGCAACGAAUUGAAGAAGUCUCUUCUAGCGAUUCGGAUCGAGAAGAAGACAGACUUGGCAACGUCGAUGUGGACUAUUUCCGAUCGAACUCAGCGUUCUCGAACGACGAACCAAACUGGUUCCUCCAGAAGAGGCAGUUCCUCAGAGGUCCCAGUUCCCCGGUUCCAGUACCAAUGCUGGUACCUGACCCGACCACGGAGGCCAAGGUGCUGAUCGGAGAUAAGGAGGUGGACGAGACAUCGGACCUUUCGGAUGUACCUUCGGAUUUCGAAGACGAGCCAGGCGAGCAUAUCAGCCUGAUGGACGUGAAGAACCAUCUGAUCGAAACGAGGUCUUUGAUCGGUGGUAAGAAUCCGCUGGCUGAGAUGAGGUUGGCUCGACUGUCAGACGACGAAGUUUCAGCCGAUUCGGGGGUUAAAGAGUGCAAGGAUUUGGAUGAGAUGGAUUCCGAAGGUUUGUCUUCUGGAAGGAAACCUGAGAAUGAUUUUGCUGCAUCGAUAUGCUCAGACAGUAGCAUCGCAGAAAGAGAUACUGAAUACACAGAAAAAUACGGCACCUUACCCAGAACAAUCUUAAUAUCUCGACAAGAAAAUGGGCCUCAAAAGAAUGGGAACAAUGAACAACACAAAGAACCCGGACUUGAAGAUAACAUUCAUACAAACGGGAUAGAGGAAGAAAGCAACGAGGAAAAUCAAAUUGAGUUUACAGGUGUUUACAGUCAAAGAGAAAAGGAAAAGUGGAAGAACGCUGUAGAGCUCAAAAACAAUCCAUAUUCUAAAGAAAAUAUUGAAAGACGAAUAAAGUCAAGAAAUUCAAUAAAUUCCCUAUUUGGGAGUGACUACUACAUCAGGCAAGCUUGUCUACCAUCCGGCGCCAAGAAGUUGGAGGUUGCAAAUUCGAAUUCGAGCAGUGUGGAAGAGAUUUCUUCAAAUCAGGUGGUAACUCCUAGGGAGGAUCUUCAAGAAGAUUCAUUCAGCGAGAAAAACAUCAACUUAUUCGAGUCGAGUCCAGAAAGCUUGGAAAGAACGAUCAAUCAUAGUUCACUAGAAACAAAUUCCUUGGAACAGGUGGAUCAAGAUUUAAUCCUGUCUUCCGAAAUAACAAGUGAUUCCGACGUUAGUUUGGUAAAUUGUUAUGAUGUGACACAAUCAGUGGUUUAUCGAAAAUUGUCCGCGGACAACAACGAAGAAGUCCAAACAGCUGAAAAGUACUUCGGGUUCGAAAGUUUAGAGGCCUCUUCCAACUUCGAAGAACCUAUCAGUCUGGAUCAAGAACCGCCAAGACCCAUAGCCAGACCCAGAAAGCUGCUGAAUUCAAGUCCUAGCAACGACAGUAAGAUGCAGUCUGUUGCUAUGGAAAAUGACAGCAAGUUAAUGAAGUCUACUGAGGAUAGUUUCGAUACAGUGCCCUACGUUAUCAACAAGAGGUCCGACAACACCCUAAUCAAAAGAAUCUACUCUGAUCCAAGCGUAAGGUCCUUCGCGCUGAGCAACCGAAAUAAAUUACCGAUUCCUGUUGAAGACACAAUCGUCAAAAAAGUAACACCACCACUUCUAGCUUCUCCAGAAAGAGAAACAACAAAAUUUACAACCAAAAAAGAAGUUAAAAAACCUGCUGAAGUUUCUCACCAAAACGAGGAAAUUACAUUGCCUGCGACAAAAACAGACAUUAAAGAACAUGUCAAGAAGUACGGAGAUAUAGAUAGUUUUUCUGCUCGAGCCAACAGUUCAAUAACUAUAAAUAAACCUGAUGUUGAAGAAAAAGAAAUAAAUGAAUUGAAAGAACAAAAAUUAGUUUCCAAUUGGUUGAAAGAGUUCUCCAAAUCAUUUGUCAAUUUGUCUAAGAUAUCAGAUGAAAGUCUCGAUCAAAGUUUUGUCGGUGGUAUUAACAGGAAAAGAAGAGUUUCUAUUGAAAUGGAUAACUGGGAUAAGGAUCAGGAGCUGGAAAGAUCUACGUCAGUUAAGGAUUUGAGAAAAAAAUUCGAACAAUAUGAUGCAAAAGCAAAAUCAGAGAAAGCUAUAUUAUAUAGCUUGACUGGAAGAAGCAUUUCCAAACAAUUCAAAGAAAGGCUCAGAGAAAUGAAUGAAGAUUCCCCAACACUUUCACAAAUUCAUUCGUUGUCGCUUACGAAUUUGGAAGUAGAAGAGAAUACAAGAUAAUUUUAUUGUAAAAAUGAAAAUUAUUUAUUUAUUUAAUAUUCACAUUUUGUACAAUUUAUGUUUUCCCCUUUAGAUAAGUGUUACCUAUUGUUAAAUAUAUUCAUGAGCUAUAAAGCACCUUGUUUAUAAAUAAAAGCGGGUGAUAAUUGUA